GUUGCCUCGUGAGUCUCGCACAUCCUUGCGACGCGGUUCCGUGUAUUCGCAGGAGACAAGCGCGCUCCGCAUCCGUAUGUCAUGCAAAUCGAUACCCCGUGCGUUCGCUCUUUCGAAACAUUUAUUUACACGGCGUGCACAAUGUGUUAUCCCGUAUGAAUCGUCGCGACGAACGUUGCCGUCGGGCGAAAUCUCGUGAGAACGAGUGAGAGAGAGUGAGAGAGAAAAAGAGAGAGAGAGAGGGAGGGAGAGAGAGAAAUAGAGAUCGGUUGGAAGAAUCCUGUGCAGAGCGCGCCGUUCGACGGACGCGCGUGACAUUUCCCCCGCGUGAAACGGGACGACGAAGAUGAAGAAACAGAAUGUCAGAACCCUGUCGCUGGUAGUAGUCACGUUCACGUAUCUCCUGAUCGGCGCCGCGAUAUUUGACGCCCUCGAGUCGAAAACCGAGAAGAGACGCUGGGAUUAUCUGCUGAAUAUACGCAGCAUCAUGAUGAAGAAGUACAACAUCACGGCUGAAGAUUACAAGCUGAUCGAGAUUUUAAUAAUAGAGAAUAAACCACACAAAGCGGGACCGCAAUGGAAAUUCCCAGGUGCCUUCUAUUUUGCUACACUAGUACUAGCCAUGAUCGGAUACGGGCACUCGACUCCAGUGACUAUGAAGGGAAAGGCGUUUUGUAUGAUAUACGCGAUGAUCGGUAUCCCCAUGGGGCUUGUGAUGUUCCAAAGCAUCGGCGAGCGAUUGAACAAAUUCGCGUCUGUCGUGAUCAAACGGGCGAAGACGUAUCUCGGAUUUCGGGACAACGAGGCGACGGAAAUGAAUCUCAUGUUGGCGACCGGUCUGCUCUCGAGUAUAAUCAUCACGAUGGGCGCCGCGAUGUUCUCCAAGUACGAGGGUUGGAGUUACAUGGACAGUUUCUACUACUGCUUCGUGACACUCACGACCAUAGGUUUCGGCGACUACGUUGCUCUCCAGAACGAUCAAGCGCUUUCCACCAAACCUGGAUACGUGAUCCUGAGUUUAGUUUUCAUUCUGUUCGGUUUGGCGGUCGUCGCCGCCAGUAUCAAUCUGCUCGUGCUGCGCUUCAUGACAACAGGCGAGGCGCGCCGCGAAGAGAGCGAAGUUCAGCCCGAUCCCUAUCACGUUGUAACGUUCGACGACGAGGUGGUGGACGGCAAGCUCCUGGCUACUCAGGAAACAAUCAUGCAAGACACGGACGACUGCGUGAGCGUGUGUUCCUGCACCUGUCUCGGUCCGGCCACGUAUUCCGACAUGUUGGAUCCGGAUUACCAGUGCUAUCGCCGACGAUCGAUCUCCGACGGUUCUCUGAAGCGCGCGUCCGUCUGAUGGAGGGAGUUGCAUAGACCCAGUCUAUGUGGUCGAUUUCCCAAAGCCGACAGUCGCGAAGUGCUCGGUAUCGUUGUGUAAGGAUCACAAUCACGCACGAAACGUUAUAUACCGCGCGCUGUGUAACAUGCAAUUUGCGACGACUCAAACGAUCGUUACGAUCGGGUGAAGAAGAUGACGUUACGGGAGGGGUGAAAAGAUUCACGUCCUAUGGAAAGUAACAGUUGAAAACUGUCUUCAGUCUUUGAUACGUAUACUCAAGACACUGACUUAACAGGUCUAUGUAACGGUUGGGACGAAAAAUACUUGUAUACAAUGUGCUCUUCCUCUUUACUUGACAUAAUCAAUACUCAAAUACUUCCAAAGCGACGGAUUUUGAUAAUUAAUAUUUAUCGAAACAUGUAAAUUUCUAAUUUUCGUAUAUACAUACAUACAUAAUAUAUAUACAUAUAUACAUAUAUAUGUAACAAUCGGUAUCUCUAGUACUCAAGUACUUUCUAAGAUUUUUGCAAACUCGUAUCCUAGAAAAGUUAAACCACACAUUCCAAUAUAUUAUAUAUAUAUUAUAUAUAUAUUAUAUAUAUUAUAUAUAUAUAUACUUAAAAAACGCUUAACUUGCGCGUUAACGGACGCAAAUGAUCCAAGAGAUAAAACCACUGGUGUUUCUCCAGACCGUGUGGCCAAAUUAUCAACUUUAUCAUACUUCCAUUACGUUAUGUAAAUAUUAAUAUAAUAGAUAUGUUUUAAUAAUGUAAUAUUAUAUACACACACUUACACACAC